AUGGGUCAACAACAACUCGAAGACAUGCUGAAUGUCGACAGCGCUGAUGAAAAUACAAGCGGUAAAGAAGUGGAUGAAAUACAAAAGUCGUCACAUUCAUCAGACACUGAGCAAAGCGCUGAAGAGCUAUGCGAUGAUAGAUCGAGUUCUGGCAUCGGUGAGGAAACAGCCAUACAUUUGGCUGAAUUGGGUGCGAAUCUAGUGGUGACCGGAAGGGAUGAACAGAGGAUAAAAUCGGUGGCCGAAAAAUGUCGCAAAAUUUCAGGCAAAAAAGUGAUUUCAAUUGCAGCCGAUCUCCUCAAUGAUAACGACGUCCAGAAUCUAUUCGAAACAACAAUACAAGAGUUUGGAAAACUGGAUGUUUUGGUGAACAACGCGGGCGUCGGCGACCUCUCUUACAUGAGUGAUCCCAAGAUUAUGGAGUUAUACACAAAGAUUAUGGACACUAAUCUCAGAUGUAUUGUCCUUCUGUCACAUUUGGCAAUGCCUUACUUAGUGAAAACUAAAGGAUGUAUUAUUAACAUAUCAAGUAUCGCAUCAUUGAAACCGAGUCCAAAAACUACAUGUUAUUGCAUGUCAAAAGCAGCCCUCGAUAUGCUAACCAAAUGUAUGGCAUUAGAAUUGGCUCCUAAGGGUGUUCGCGUAAAUUGUAUCAAUCCGGCAGUGACUGAAACUCCGCUGUUGGAGAGAAAAUACGGACACGUAAUGCCUAUAGAGAAGGUAAAGGAGAUCCGAAGCAAACAAUACCCAAUCGGGCGAAUCGCACAGCCGUAUGACAUCGCCUGUGCCGUCGAGUACUUGGCUUCAAAUGAUGCCGCUUUCAUCACUGGCACCAGUCUUCUCAUGGAUGGCGGGGCUCUCUAUGGCUCAACUCAAAAGGAAUGAUCACUUCAGACAUUAUUUCAAUAUAUAUUCACA